AUGACCACCACUAUUUACAUUUUGUUCUGUAGCCCUAGUGAUGAAUGUUGUAAAGAAGGAAAAUUUUACACUACUUACAAAUGUUCACCUCCAGUUUCCGGUCACACGAAGGCAAUUCUAACCAUCAACAACUUUGACAAAGGGGGUGAUGGUGGUUGUCCAUCAGAAUGUAGUGGUAAGUACUACCACAACUCUGUCCCCGUGGUGGCUCUGUCCACGGGGUGGUACAGUAAAGGGAGACGUUUUGAGAACAUUACCAUCCACACGAAUGGGAGGAGUGUGAAAGCUAUGGUUGUUGAUGAAUGUGACUCAGGUAGAGGGUGUGAUUCUCCACAUGCAUACCUUCCACCUUGCCAGAAUAACAUUGUUGAUGCUUCUGAAGCAGUGUGGAAAGCUUUACAUGUUCCUAAAAAAGACUGGGAUUGGCCUGAAAUCUUCUGGUCUGAAUAA